ACGCCAGGGAGCACCUCUUAAAUCUAUUAAUGAUCGUUAAGCAGAAAAUUGAUAGCAGCUAUAGGUGGUUACAGCUCAGUGGCUCCAUUCCUCCGGAAGCCCUCAUCAUCUCCUCCUCGACGUCGUCUUGGGCAGCACCCCCGCGCCGCCCAAUUCGCCUUUUUCUCCCCGUAGGUACAUACCGCGUUGGACUGGAAUCCAAUGGACGCAUCGGUUUGCGCACAUCCUGAAGCUAGGCCUGGACAGCCUGUAGUUCAUCAUGUCGCUCUUCCUCAUUCUUCCUCUGCGCAACCUACCUCGACGUCGCCCACUCGCUGUCAACAACCACACCUACCACCUCGGAACGCGCAUAUGAAGGAGUACACUGACGAAAAGGUUGAUCCGUCGCUCGUCCCAAGCUCUUCAAGGCAUUGUCGCACCGCGCCAGGCCCGCUUCCUCGCAUAUGCACGCUUUCAAUAUCACAAUCCGCCGCUCCUUGCUCAAGGCAGCAAUGCUCUUCCCACCCGUCGCACUUCUCGAAUACAUCAUCACCAUAUUCGGUCACUACUCGGACAGCUUCGACUUCAGCGUACACACGUCCACGAGGACUCCUGAUAGCUAAUCUUCUCAAACCCUGGAUUCCUAUAAUAUUGUACGCUCUUACUAGUCUGGGCUUCAUUGCUGCUAUCACUCUUUGGAAAGCAGAGGUUUUCGAAGGCCUUGACCAGCUUUCACAUUGGUUGCAGUCCGAUGAAUAUACAGGCCGUGCAGUCAUUUUUGCUUUGAUUUUUCUUACUACAUUCCCUCCUCUACCUCUGUAUUCCACGCUCAUUAUCUUAUCUGGAUAUACUUUCGGUCCUUGGACUGGCGUUAUCAUCUCUUAUUUCGCCUCCCUCGCAGGAGCAAUCGCUGUAUUUAUUCUCUCUCGCACCUACUUCCGCGGGACUAUUUCGCGCUGGCUCUCAUGUACUAUCACCAUCAAGCGCGUCGUCCGAGCAAUCGAGAAGCGUCCAAAGCUUCUCUUCCUUAUCCGCCUCGCACCAUAUCCCUUCAACGUCAUGAACUGUCUCCUCGCCGCGUCUCCUACGCUCACUUUACGAACGUACACGCUUUGCACCGCGCUCUCGUUAUUCAAGCUUAUCAUCCACACGAGCAUCGGCAGCUCAAUACAUUCCUUUGCCGAAUACCACGUCACGAAACCUAAUGGCGCUGCGUCUUCGACAGGCCACGAGAGUAUGCUGGGACAUUAUUCAACAAUCGUUGGCAUCGGACUUUGCCUUGCAAUAUUUUUCUACCUUUCGUACGUUGCUCGCAAGGCAGUGGACGAUGAGUUGGGUUAUGGGCCGCUUUCUGGCGAGGAGACCGAAGCGUUUUUGUCAGGUGAUGAAGAUGGCGGAGAGGAUCGACGGGAAAUGAUGGCGGAACUCCCGCAUAGACCAUCACGACACUGGUCUCGGUCACCAGGACCUGGCCCUGUACGGCUAGAUUCCUCCACGAACGAUCGCUUUGAACAUGGAGGUCAUGAAGAAGCGAGCAUUGGACUUUGACGGGGUCUCUCGUUAUACGAGUUUUUCCUCCCCUUUUGGACACUUUGGUGCGUUGUGUAAUAUAUUGGCGGAGUGGAAUGAAAAGGAUCAGUGUAAGAUUUGUCUUGUGUAUAUACGUGAUUUUUGAAGUAGUCAGUAGGUUCAGGAAGUAGUAGUCAAACCCGCACCUUCCUUUUAGUCAUUCGUCUUUUACUCGUCUGUCAUUUUUGGAUUAGCUGUAUAAUGGUAUUCGAAUUUAGCUCUUGUUGAUUCGUCCUUGCAUUGUGUGCGUGUACAUUGGU